AUGGAUUCAUUGGUAAAUACAAUGAAAAGUGCGGCGUUGAAUAUUGGUGAAAUGUUAACACCAGUUUUGAAGGAAUCGAAAUUCAAAGAAACAGGCGUAUUGACACCGGAUGAAUUUGUUAUUGCCGGUGAUCAUUUGGUUCAUCAUUGCCCCACGUGGUCAUGGGCUAAAUCGGUCGAUCCAUCCAGGACGAAGAGUUAUCUGCCCGACAAUAAACAAUUCCUAAUCACACGAAAUGUACCGUGCUAUAGGCGUUGCAUUGAAAUGGACUACGAUCCGACGCAGGAGAAAGUCUUGACGAGUGCUGAAAUUGGUGAGGCCGAAGAGGGUUUCGAUGGACUGGACGACGAUAGCGGUUGGGUUGAUACACAUCAUUUUGCACCUGAAGGUGGCGUACAGAAGCCGUUGAACAUGGAGGAAAAUAUUUCAACGAAACAAGAUACUGCCGCUGAGAGUGCGUCUGCCGCAGCAGAAGAUGAUGAUGCACCAGCAAUGGACAUGGAUUCAUUCAUUGAGAGUGGUGCUCUCGAACAAGAUGAUCCCAAUCGGUUUGUUCAACUUCAUCCUUUCCACUAA